CUUUUGUUGUGGCCCCAAAACGGAAUUUAAGGCAUUCCAGUGUAGGCAGCCGAAAGUAUUGGACGCGCCAGCUCUCUCAACGCCCAGUAAUUAAUUGUUAUUAUUAUGUUCGAUUUCAAUUUGGAAUUUGCGCGUGGCGGCGCCACCUUCACCACCGAGCUGUUCCAGCUGCUCUCAGCUGGCGGCGUCAGCAAGAACAUCGUCUUCUCGCCCUUCUCCAUCCAGACGUGCAUCGCUUUGGCCUUUGCCGGUGCCCAAGGCGAGACUGCCGAUGAAAUCGCCACAGGAUUGCGUUUCGUUUCCAAUUUCCCACCAGAGGUGGCACAAACCUUCCAGUUUGUGCUGGAAAAGUACCGCAACAGUAACCUGCUUAAGAUUGCCAACAAACUGUACGUGCAGCAGGGCAAACAACUGAAGGCCGACUAUGAGCAGUCCAUCAAGGAGCAGUAUAACUCUGAGGCAGAGUCCAUUAACUUUGCGCUCAGCGAUGCCGCAGCUCAGUCCAUCAAUGCUUGGGUUAACGCCAAGACUGAGGGUAAGAUUACCGAGCUGGUGACGCCCGAUGCCUUCAGUGACAACACACGUUUGGUCCUCUUGAAUGCGCUGCACUUCAAGGGCAGCUGGGCGAACAAGUUCCUCGAGGAGCGCACCGAGGAGGAUGACUUCUGGGUUGGUGCCGAGGAGACCGUCAAGGUGCCAUACAUGAAUCAGAAGGCCAAAUUUGGCUAUGGUUUCUUCGAUGAUCUGGGCUGCACUGCAAUUGACAUGCCCUACAAGGAUUCGGAUCUCUCGAUGUUUGUGCUGUUGCCACAGGAGCGUGAGGGUCUUAAGGAUCUCGCCGAGAAGCUGAAGAGCGUCAAUUUGGUGGAUUUGGCUGAUAAACUGGUCGUGGAGGAAGUGCAUGUGAAGUUCCCCAAAUUUAAGGUGGAUUACUCCAUCGAACUGGCCGAUAAGCUGAAACAGCUCGGCAUCUCAAAAAUGUUUGACGAGGGCGCGGAAUUCAACAACCUGCUGGAAUCACCCGAGGGUGUGUUCGUCUCGAAGGUGCUGCACAAAGCCACAAUUGAGGUCAAUGAGGAGGGCACCGAGGCAGCGGCUGCCACUGGCAUGAUCAUGAUGACGCGCAUGAUGACUUUCCCACUGCAGUUCCAAGCGGAUCGUCCCUUCCUCUACGUGAUCUGGAACAAGAAGAACAUUCUGUUCGCUGGUGCUUUUGUUAAUGCACCAGAUGCUUAAACACGCACUCACUCAUUUAUUUGUUAAAUUUUUUAAUUUUGAAAAGCAUUUUUUUUUAUUUAACGCAUUUUUUAUUGAAUAAAUAACGUAUAUACGACGCACCAUAA